ACAAACAAGCAAGGUCCAACUCCCAGCAAAAUUCAUCUUUCAUACGAAGUACAUAAACAUUCGCUAUGCUUCUUCUUUCUGUACCUUCUCCUCCUUGCCCUUCUUCACCUUUCUCAUGCUCUUUUCAAAUUCUUCCCUUUUCAGCUUCUCUCAAAUUAGUUCCCAGAAAUCUCAGCAUGAAUUCAACAGAACCCAUCUCAGAUAAAGUGAAUUCAACCGAUGACCAAUCCAACAAUGACAAUGGUAACUCUUCAAAUGCUUACUUUGAUAUCUAUGGACCUCAGGCAAAAGCUGAGGUUGAGUUUAAGACCCCUGCGGCUAAUUCAGCUUUGAGUUUGCAAGAUGUUCAAGGACUAGUAACAUGGGUGCUUGCUGAUGGGUAUAUGCCCCCUUGGGUUUUUAUUAAAAACAAGCCCCUCAUCCCGAAAGUGGUUCUUCUAUAUGUUCCAGGCCUUGAUGCAGCGUUAUAUAUGUCGCAAACAAAAACUUUUAGCAAUUUGAAAAAGUGUUGUGGUAAUCCAAGGGCAGUUCAAGCUUUAAGCUGUUUAUUAGAUGGUAAUCAGACAAUUGAUGCCCUUAUGACUUGCAAGUUCAAAAGAAAAAGAGACAAAUCCUCCAAGGAUCAGAACGAGUCCUCUCCAAAAGAAGCUAGUUCGGGAUCUAUUAACUUGUCCCCAACUAAACUUAUGAAGAAUUUGCCAUUCCCUAUCUCAUAUUAUACUCUUACGGAAACACAACUUGAGGAUAAUGGAUAUUGCCUCAAUCAGCCUGGUUUCCGUUCAACGUGCCCUGCUCCACCUGGUUCUUCCCCUUGUGAGCUACUAGCUCUUGAUUGUGAGAUGUGUAUUACAUGCAAUGGGUUUGAGCUAACGCGGGUGACUCUCGUCGAUGUUGAAGGUCAGGUUAUGUUGGAUAAGUUGGUUAAGCCUUUUAAUCCUAUUAUCGAUUACAACACAAGAUAUAGUGGAAUCACUCCUGAAAUGUUAAAUGAUGUAUCUACUAGUCUCGAGGACAUUCAGGAGGAAUUUUUGGAGAUUGUUUAUAAAGAGACAAUUCUGAUUGGACAUUCAUUGGAGAAUGACUUGUUGGCACUAAAAGUUUCGCACGAUUUAGUUAUUGAUACUGCAGUAUUAUACAAGCAUCCUCGUGGGGGCUCAUAUAAAACAGCGCUUCGUGUUCUUGCAAGGAAAUUUCUUUCUAAAGAGAUACAAGAUUCCGGACGUGGCCAUGACAGCAUAGAGGAUGCAAGAACUGCAAUGGAAUUGGCAUUGUUAAAGAUAAAAAACGGUCCUGAUUUCGGCUCCGCUCCACAAUUUACACGAAAGAAACUUAUUGAUGUAUUAACUGAAUCUCGAAAAACAUCAUCAUUUAUUGAUGAUCGUUCCAUUGUGAAGCGCCACGCUUCUGGGACAUGCAAUGCGAUUCCUGUCUCAUCUGAUGAUGAAGCACUUUCCAGAGCUUCGAAAGAGGUGAAAAACGAUAAGGUUCAUUUUGUGUGGACGCAAUUUUCAGAAAUAAAUUCAUAUUUCAAAAAACAAGUAGUUGAUGACGAGCUAUUUAAAGCUCGGCUUGCAGAGUUGAUAGCUUUCGUUACUUGUCAGAACAAGUCCUCCGCAAAGAAAUGUUGCAGUGUACCAUCUACGCUCAAGGAGAUCCUGACCCGCACAGAUUCCAGAAUUUACAAGCUCUAUUCAAGCUUACCCUUGAAUAGUAUGCUUAUUGUCUUUACUGGUCAGGGAGACACUGCAUCAAUCCACAGAUUGCGAAAAAUGCUGACGGAAGAAACCAAAAUCGAAGUAUGUCGCGAAAAAAUCGUUAGGGUCUUGGAAGAACUCCAAGCACAAGCUGAAGUAGGACUUUGUUUUGUGGGCAUUAAACAAUGAUUCCUCUUCUAUAAACAUGAUGCUUCUUAUUCUUUUGUAAGAGUAAAAGGUGGUAAUUUGAGACUUAAUCCAGACUUAUCACAUUGCACCUCUA